CCGAAGCCGAUAAAUUCAUAUCUAUUACAAACGAAAAGAGCGAUAGCUUUGUUAAAUGAAUGGGAUUAUAAAGUGAACAAUUAAACGAAAUAACUUUUAGUACGCGAUUCAUGAAUGAAUAUAGAUCUAGGCCUAUCUCAACUCGGCUUCGCAGCUUUCGUAAAUGAAUGUAGCUUUAAAAACCAAAUUUGAAUGUUUAUUUGAUCAAAAUAUGAAAUGAAUGGACUUCAAUUAAUAUGUUUAUGUGUUAAAGUAUAAAACUAUCUGUGCGAAGAGAAGUUUUAUCAUCUUAGAGUUGAAUUAGAGUUUUAGAUCUAGGGAUGGGAUUAUAAAGUAAACAAUUAAACGAAUUAAUAUUUAGUACGCGAUUCAUUACGGAAUUGUCUAAUGAAAGAAUGUUCGUCAGGAAAUCUGUAAUCACAGAUAUAAGGAACUAAUUAAUGUAAAAAAUGCUUUUGAAACACAAAAUUGAAGGUUAAUUUUAUUAUAUAAUGAAAUCAAUGGAUCUUCUUUUGUCUUUUCAUGUGUCAAAGUAAAAAUUUAUAUGCGCAAAGUGUAUUUCUUAAAAUUAGAUCUAGGUCUAAAUCCUUUCUAUCUUUUCUCAUGUCAACAUUGUAGACAUGGCCUAGAUCCAUAAAAUACUAUAGCUGUUUGAUUCUAAUGUUGAAAGACAAGUCUACAAGUCUUGAGGAUAAAAUAAAACUUGCAAAGUUUGCAUGGGUAUCUGAAGAUGUUUGUAUACCAAAUAAACACCAAAAUAUUCUGGAUUUUAUUUGUGGACUUCUGAUUAACAAAAAAAAGCAUAACUUACAGGAUAAAGAAGUGAAUCUGGUUUGGAGAACUUUAGAUUUGUUUUUUCAUGCUUUAGGAUCUACAGCCAUUGCUAAACCUUCAGUUUUACAGGCUAUUCUUGAAAGUCUCUCUACCACAAGUAGCCAGACUUGUAACAUUGAUAAUGUUGCUUGCAUUCUGAGAUGUCUUAAACAGUUUCUAAUGUUGCAGCCCAUGUCUUACUCUCAUUUUGAAGCAUCAGUUUCCCUUGUAAGUGUGCUAUGCCAACUGUUAAAAGAUACAAAAAUAAGCACCCUUCACUCAGAUCUUCGGGAACUAUUGGACUGUUCUGUUACCCUCCUGGUUAAAAGCUACAGGUCUCAUAUAAAUAAAGCGCAGGCUUUGUUUACUUUAACAGAGAAGAUGCUCAAGCCAUCACUAGAACUGCUCAGUGCUCAGCCUUGCCCAGUUUUGAUGGAUUUCUUACUUAGUUGUCUGUUGUCUGAGGAUCACCAUGAGCACUAUGUGAUGCACCUAAUGUCUGAAGCUGAACCUGGAACUCAGGGAAAAAAAUCUGCACCAAAAUCUAUUGUGAAUGUCUUCAAUUUGAUAUCAGAUCAUUGCAUUAAGGUUGACUGCUCUACUUCAAUUGCAUUCCUCCCUCAAUUCCUAAAGACAUUUGCACAGAGUAAAUUGACAUCACCCAAGCAGUGCUUUCUUAUGCUGAAAUAUUUUGUCAGUCUCAUUGCUUCCUCACGAGGAAGUUGCCCCAUCAACCACCAAUGGGUUUUGCAUUUGGUCCAGUGUAUUCAGGCCUGUCAAGACACUGACAUAUUCAGUGCCAACAGUGAAACCAAUGACAUCUUGAAAUGGUUUUUCCAGUUAACUGAACUGGUUUUGGAACAACCCAGACUGUCUCCGUGGUUCCAAUACAUGAGGUGCUUGUUAGCCAUGAAUCAUCUUGUGGUGGAAAAAUAUUGGAAGAUUGUUUUCAACAAAUGUUUCAGUCUAGAGCUUUCAGAUGAAAGUCUUGAUGACCUGGAUAUGUUCUUAUCUGAUCUUGUUGAAAAGUACAUGAAGCUGCGCCGAACAAGUGACCUAUUUUCUGCUUUACUGUCUUGUAUCAAUAAUUUGGAGAAUGUUUCCAUCACUUUGAAAAAAAUGAAGAAUUUUUACAAAAGUUUGUGCCAAAUGUUUACUGAAGUACCACCUGCAACCUUGCUAGAGAUUUGGGAAAAAAUACAGCUAUUGACAGAGCAUAUAGUUCAAGACUCCAGCAAUGAGCUGACCCCUGGUGUACUGUGGACUCUGGCCAUCUACAGCUGCCUCCUGGAAAAUGGCAGAGCUUUUGAGCCAAGGAUUGGGGAUGUCCUGCAUCGUAGAGUCUGUGAGUUGGUGAAAAGUUUGGAGACGGACGUCCUAAAACAUCUCAUUAAAAAGAAGGCUGUACUCAAACUCACUGCAGUGACAGAGCUACUUCGAGCUUGGACUUCUGUUCGAAUUCUUUUGUUUCCCAGAUGGAGAGAAAAUGAACACAGCAUUUUUGAGUCUGAAGAGAUGAAAGUAUUAUUUAAACAAAUUUCUCAAGCACUGGAACCCACCAUCCAGGUGCACUUAUCUAUACAAAGAUUGACUUUGGGUGACAGUAAAAGUGCUGCAGACCUAAUGUCCAAACAAAUUGAUCCAGCAGAUGUUGUGAUGAGACUGUUAGACUUACCACAACUCACGAAACAGAUUGUGCUUGAACCAUGGGACUUGAAUUCUGGGACAGUAACCCCCAAACAGAUACCUGUGGUUCAGUUUUACAAAUUUGCUCAGCAGUUGUUUCCCUUGAUUUGUAACAUUCUGCCUGACACAGCCUUGGAGAGAUGUAGUCAGUUGAUUGUUGAAGUUCUCUCUGCUGCUGAGGAAGUCAGCCUCCCCAUGGAACAAGACAGCACAACUUUACUCCAAGAGGUUCAAAAGUUUUUAAGUCGUCCAAUCACAAGAGAGAUUGCUAAACUUCAACAGUGCAUUGUUUUCUCAGUUUGGAAAAAGAUUUUUGUUACUUGUCACACCAACAGCAAGCACAGUCCCAAGAAAAAAAGAUUAAGAUGUGAUACAACAGAAUUAGUUCAAUACUUGACGGGAGACACAGAUCACAUGCCCACUGGUUUAACUGUUUCUGAUUUGAGACAAGAUAUUGUAAGCAAGCCAUAUAUCAAACUACUGAUUACAACAUUAGGUAGCUUGGACUUGGAAUAUUUACCUCACAUAAACAUUAAAUAUCAGUUGGGUCUCUUGUUGAUGCUGGGAAGUUUACAACAGGAUGAUGUUUCUGACACAGAUGAUGUCCUUCAGUGUGUGAAGCAGUAUCUUAUCAAAUCAUUAUCAGUGGCCAAUCUUUCCAGUUUAUUUAACUGCAUCCAGUCUACAGAUCUGCUCAGCUAUGUUGUCCAGGUGUGCAGUCAGAAUGUUGAGGACUCAGUUAACAAUGAACUUGUCCUGACAGUUGUACAUGGAGUCAUGAAUGAUCAUGAAGCUGUUCUCAAAAUGCCACAAUACACCAAACAGAUUGUUCAACACUUGGUACAAGGAUCAACAGACUUUGUCAUUUUAAGGAUUCUAACAGACUUGGUUAAAUUCUGUCAGAAGUAUGUGAUAAAGUCUUUCCACAUUGAAGCUGUCAGAGACUCUGCACUUGAUAUCUACUUCACUGUAUCCAAGUUUUUAAUUAAACACGGCUUAAGCUGGUUUUCUGAGUCUCAUGCAGCUGUGAGACGUAAGAGUGAUGGGCUCAAGGUUGGUGGAGACAAGCCAAAAAAAGGGAAAAAACGACCAGCCUCUGAUUCUACCGGUGAAAUGGACAAGCGGAAAGCCAUCCUGGAGUGCAUGGUGGAAGUGCUGAACUUAUGGUCAGUUCAUGUGGCAGACACUCAGUCAAACAUUCAUCUAGAGACAAUGGUGAAGGAGAUAGUAGAUAAUUUAAUGAAAGAUAAACAACAGAUUCAACAAACAGAAACUAGAUUUCUUGGGUCGUGCUGUUUGUGUCAGCUCCACUGUAAACAAGAAGAGGCGGCUGAAACGUCUGCUGAGUUAAAUUCCCAAAAACUUUGCUUUUUACCAGAGUUCAGGCUGGAAGAGAUAAUAGAGAUCAGUUUGAGUAAGUGUGCAGAGCAAGUCACUUCCCUUUUCCUGCAGUUGAGGAGUACUAAUUCUGCACAUGAUGAUUUGAAGACCUCAUCCUCUGAUCACCAUUUUUUUGGAUGUGGGGAUAGCAAAUCUGGUCAAGUUUGGUCUCUAGAAAACAUAGAGCAGUGGCCAGAAUCAUUGCUGGCAGAAGUAGACCUUUUGACUAGUGCUGUGGUGUGCUUGGAAGAUAGUGCCUUUACCCGUCUAAUGCAAAAUUUAUUGAUGAGACUGAAGUUUGAUAAAAGGAAUCAGUGUUCCCAGUUUUAUGUCAUCGUCUCUCUAUGGAGGGGGCUGAUUUCAAGUUCACUUUUAUCAUCAUCUCUGGUCCAAAUACUUUUCCAAUAUCUAUAUCAGUUCCUCUCUGCAUUUAUUGGCUGUGUGACUUUGUUGAAGUCUCUCUAUCCUGAAAUGCCACUGCUCCAAAGAUUUGUCCUGCAUGGCUUGUCAGAUCUUGUGGACUUAGGCAAAUCACAGGUUAGCUCCAGAAUAAUUCUAUUGUGUCUAGAUGCUGGCGUGACAUUUACCUUGACUUCCAGCCAGGAUAUCAGAGCUUUGUACAGACUGAUCAACACUCUGCUAGUCCAUCAUACCAAUACCUCCCUGACUUCUGUACCUGGCGUUGUCUCAGUUGCUAAAAAGUUGGUUUGUUCAUGCAUCAAGUUAGGCAGCCAGCAAAACUUGUCGAGUGAGGCUGAAGUUAAUGAAAUUUUGUUGUGUGCAAAACUCAUUUCCAGGUUGCUGAUUUUUCUGUCAUCACCAUCUUGUAAAGUAGAGCUAAGUAAAGUUGCUUAUAUGAUUGUGGCAGAAUAUGUUCUGGGCAUCCAAGAAGAGAAUUGUCACCCUCGUGUUAAGAAUGACUUAGUUAAAGGUAUUUACAAAAUCAUGUCUAUAUGUGAUAAAUUCAGAUUUGCUGCACUGACCGCCUCUUUGCCUCCAGGGGUUAAGGACACAUUUAAAAUGCUUCAUCAGGACUUUAACAAAUACCACCGUUACACUGGACAAGUGUGAUAGGCUCUGAGCUUUUGCUUCUCAAACUUUUCAUCAUGGCAUUUGUCAGUUUAUCUGUAACUGCAAUAAGGAAGACUACAUGUAUAAUGUACCAUAAAAUUAGCAAUUCUUUCCAAUUUGAAGAUGAUCCUCUUUACACUUCACUGAUGUGUCACAAUGUGAUGCAGUACUAUUAACAAUGGCUUGUUGAUGUAAUAUAAAGUCUUAUUAAAAGUAUAUUAAAAUUUCUA